AUGUGCGACGACGAAGUUGCGGCUCUUGUGGUCGACAAUGGAUCCGGAAUGUGCAAAGCCGGAUUUGCCGGAGACGAUGCUCCCCGCGCCGUAUUUCCCUCCAUUGUCGGUCGCCCUCGCCACCAGGGUGUCAUGGUUGGUAUGGGACAAAAGGAUUCAUAUGUAGGAGAUGAAGCCCAAUCCAAGAGAGGUAUCCUCACUCUCAAGUAUCCAAUUGAGCACGGUAUCGUCACUAACUGGGACGAUAUGGAGAAGAUCUGGCAUCACACCUUUUACAAUGAGCUUCGUGUUGCUCCCGAAGAGCACCCCGUUCUGUUGACUGAAGCUCCCCUUAACCCAAAGGCCAACAGGGAGAAGAUGACCCAGAUCAUGUUCGAAACCUUCAACACGCCUGCAAUGUACGUUGCCAUCCAGGCUGUGCUAUCCCUUUAUGCCUCUGGUCGUACCACUGGAGUCGUACUCGAUUCGGGAGAUGGAGUCACCCACACUGUCCCUAUCUAUGAGGUAAGAAUAGUGCAGCACGGUAUCCUCACUCUCAAGUAUCCAAUUGAGCACGGUAUCGUCACUAACUGGGACGAUAUGGAGAAGAUCUGGCAUCACACCUUUUACAAUGAGCUUCGUGUUGCUCCCGAAGAGCACCCCGUUCUGUUGACUGAAGCUCCCCUUAACCCAAAGGCCAACAGGGAGAAGAUGACCCAGAUCAUGUUCGAAACCUUCAACACGCCUGCAAUGUACGUUGCCAUCCAGGCUGUGCUAUCCCUUUAUGCCUCUGGUCGUACCACUGGAGUCGUACUCGAUUCGGGAGAUGGAGUCACCCACACUGUCCCUAUCUAUGAGGGAUAUGCCCUCCCUCACGCCAUCCUUCGUCUCGACCUUGCCGGACGUGAUCUUACUGAUUACUUGAUGAAGAUCCUCACUGAACGUGGUUACUCAUUCACCACCACAGCCGAACGUGAAAUUGUGCGAGACAUCAAGGAGAAAUUGUGCUAUGUAGCUCUCGAUUUCGAGCAAGAAAUGGCCACUGCCGCCUCCUCUUCUUCUCUUGAGAAGUCCUAUGAACUUCCUGACGGACAGGUCAUCACCGUCGGAAACGAGCGAUUCCGUUGCCCUGAGGCCAUGUUCCAGCCUUCAUUCUUGGGUAUGGAAUCUGCUGGUAUUCACGAGAACUCGUACAACUCGAUCAUGAAAUGCGAUAUUGAUAUCCGCAAAGACUUGUACGCCAACACAGUACUCUCAGGAGGUAGCACCAUGUAUCCCGGAAUUGCUGACCGUAUGCAGAAAGAGAUGACCGCUCUUGCUCCGAGCACAAUGAAGAUCAAGAUCAUCGCACCACCUGAACGCAAAUACUCGGUCUGGAUCGGAGGAUCUAUUCUUGCCUCUCUGUCUACCUUCCAACAGAUGUGGAUCUCCAAGCAGGAAUACGACGAAUCCGGCCCAUCCAUUGUUCAUCGCAAGUGCUUCUAA